UCCACAGACUAUCUACAAGCCAGGAUCUUAAACUGUGCUUUCAGUAAAAAACAAAAAAAUAAUCCAGUCCUGCGCAAUACAUCUGAAAACAUUUUAACUCUGAAAUACGGCUGUGUUUUAAAUCCCACCCUUUUAAAAUAUAUCUGCGUCGAUAUUUGACCUGAGAAGGACGCGGGAUCUGACCGAGACUUCGGGAUACCGAACAGGUUUAUAAAAGGAGAUUAAUCGACGGAAACCUUGCGUUGUCUUUUUUAUAGCCUAAGUCGUGACUCAUCCGCUCGUUUCUUUUUGCACCAAUUCGUUAAUUUUAUUAGCAAACCCUCAUAAAACACACAAACACAUCGGUUUAAAAGACAUCUGAAUCAAAGAUUAACAGUUCUCUGUAUUAAUUUCCCAAGAGAGCUGAAAAACACGCGCUAGCCUAUAAUACGCGGCGUAGGGCGUUACGUAAUAGUGUCGCUUUCCAUGGUGCUGAAACUGACCGAUGAAUAGACGCAUACAUCCGCCACAAUUAUAAAAAAAACAUAGAGAAAGUAAAACUAUUGUUUUGUUAUCGAAUUGGCUACAUUGUUUCGUUCUGGUUGGAUACCUAGGGGAUACAUCUAUUACCCUUAGCUUUUUUGUCGGCGAAUUGCUUAUGCAUUUCGGCUGUCCUUCCCUUUUCCCCGGUGAAGUCGAUUCUUGAGGUAGUUGUAUAGACGCCAGUGGUAGAAAAUGUCGGGACAGACUCUGACGGAUCGCAUCGCCGCGGCGCAGUACCAGCUCACCGGCUCCGAUGUGGCUCGUGCCGUUUGUAAAGCCACCACGCACGAGGUGAUGGCGCCCAAGAAGAAGCACUUGGAUUAUCUGAUCGCAGCCACCAAUGAGACUAACGUCAACAUCCCUCAGAUGGCUGACACGCUGUUUGAGAGAGCCACCAACGCCAGCUGGGUGGUUGUGUUCAAAGCCCUCAUAACAACUCACCACAUCUGCAUCUACGGCAAUGAGAGAUUUAUUCAGUAUUUGGCUUCAAGGACUUCUUUGUUCAACCUCAGCAACUUUAUUGACAAAACAGGCACCCAUGGUUAUGACAUGUCAACAUUCAUCAGACGAUACGCACGGUACCUGAAUGAGAAGGCGUAUGCUUACCGUGCAAUGGCCUUCGACUUCACCCGAGUUAAGAAGGGAGCUGAGGGUGUGAUGAGGACUAUGGUUCCUGAAAAGCUUCUGAAGGCAAUGCCUGCUCUACAGACUCAAGUAGACACACUGCUGGAGUUUGAUGUUCAUCCUAAAGAUCUGAACAAUGGGAUCAUAAACGCAGGCUUCUUGCUUCUCUUUAAGGACCUGAUAAAGCUCUUCGCCUCUUAUAAUGAUGGGAUCAUCAAUUUAUUAGAGAAAUAUUUCAAAAUGAAGAAGUCUGAAUGCAAGGAUUCCCUGGAGAUUUACAAGAAGUUUCUGACCCGAGUGACCAAAAUUGCAGAAUUCAUGAAAAUCGCUGAGCAAGUAGGCGUGGACAAGAAUGAUAUUCCUGACAUUUCUUAUGCUCCCAGCAGUAUUCUGGAGUCUCUCGAGACACAUAUGAACAGUCUGGAGGGGAAGAAAGGGGAAGGGUCACCUACAAAAGGAUCACCCACCAAUAAUGUUUCUCCGACCUCCACCCCUGCCAAAUCUGCUUCAGCACUUCCUACUCUAGAGCCGCCACCCAUUGAGGCCACACCCGCUGCUGCCGAGACAGCAACUGAUUCCUUGCUUGAUCUGGACCCUUUAUCUUCCUCUGGACCUUCUGCGGGAGGCGCAUCAGCUGCUCCCACAUCUUGGGGAGAUCUGCUAGGGUCAGGUUCCCUUACUACAGAGACUCUCCUUCCUGACCCAAACCCUGCCGUAGACUCCAACUCCUCAGCCACGCCCGCCACCACAGCCACAGAGGCAGCCGUUUCUUUGGCGGCUCCUUCUUCCGCUGCCGGCGGUACCUCCGGCAGUUUGGGUGGAGGAUUGGAUCUGUUCUCCAUGCAGCCAGUGGAGGACAGUAGUAAUUCCUUCUUUUGCUCAGUGUCUCCCCCUAAUGGUUUCACAUCUGCUGCCAUCACCACCACAACCACCAGCAUUGCAGUCCCCACUGUGUCCCCAGCCCCAACGAUAGACCUGUUUGCUGGUUUUUUUGAUCCCAUGCCAGAUUCAUCUGUUCCCAAAACAGACCCAAAUCCCACUCUAGACUUGUUUUCAGCAGAUGUGUUUCAUCCACCUGCCCCUGCUCUAUCUGCCCCUGUGAGCUGGCCAAACAAUGGGGCAAAUGUGGACCUGUUUGGGGACUCUGCAGGUGCUGGUGAGGCCAAACCAGUCGCCCCAACUACAGCAGCUCAAGGAGGAGACCUGAUGUCAGGUUUUGAUGGAUUUGGGGAUGUGCUGAUGCCAGCCAUGGCUCCUCAGGCAAUGGCCGCCUCACCAGUCAAACCCAUGGGAGGAGAUCUGGACUCAGCUAUGGCCAACAUGACCAGCAAUCUGGCAGUUGGAAACCAGAAACCGGGUGAAGCAGCUGGAGCGGCAAACUGGCAAGCACAGGUACCCAACCCUAGCUGGGGUGUUAUGCCUGGAGCGGGAGCUCCUCCCAUGAUGCCAGGGUCUCCGAUGAUGGCUGCCCAACAGCCAAUGAUGAGGCCACAGUUUUCUGCUGCAGGAGCUCCUGGACAACAGAUGUCUCCAGGAGUGGCCCAGAGUCCCAGAAGGCCCCCUCCUCCUAAAGAUCCUCUUGCUGACCUCAAUAUCAAAGACUUCAUGUAGAUGAUGUAGACAGCUGGUUCGUCACAUUAUCGUGCAGCCCUGAUGAAACAGAUGUGUGUACUCGCUCUCUCUCUUUCUCCGUUCAUCAGAAUCAAGGCCCCGAUUCCCUCUCUCUCUCUCUCCCCUUCUGUCUGUUGUUGUAGCACAAACCGUGAAUGUGACUAAGUAUGUGUCUGUAUGUGUGUAUUUUAAUGUUCUCAGUUACUUCAGAUCAAUAUAUUUAAAAAUACAUUGAAGAGUAAUGGCAGAUGCAUUGUUGAACGAUCUGCAGGUCUCUCUCUGAAUAGAUGUGCAUUCAUUUUUCCUGGCUCGCUUUCCGUGGGAAAUCAAAUGAAAAGUGUGAUGUUUUCUGUGAAAAAUUAUUAUUAUUUUUAUUUAUUUUUUGCUGUGGUAAAUAUCAAUGGGCCGAUUUGUGUCAUCAUCAGUCAAGUAUUACUUACUGUUUUGUCCAUGGAAUUUCUGUGGGUAAAGAAUGAAUAUCAGUCUUACACAGGUUACACUAGUGUCUCAUGCACUGUUUCUGUUUUUAUCAAUGCCCUGAUCUGAUUCUUUUUCUUAUCUAUUCAUUGUGAGUUACAUGCAACAUGUGACUAUUUGAUGAAAAUACAUAUGCAUUUCAGAGUAUUUUAAAGACAGAUUGUUUUGAAUAUUGUUAGUCUUAUUUUGAGAUAAAAAGGUUGACUAUAUUUUAGUUAUGUCAAAAAUUUACUUUACUACGUGACUAGUUCGUAAUCCCAUUUGUAGAAUAUGUGUACAUCAUGAAGAAACAUGAAGGCAUUUUCUGAGCCAAUAGUUUCAGUGGUUAAUCUUGCAAGUGUAUUACCAUUAAACAGCAUGUAAUUCCUGUGUUAUCCAGAUAAAAUUGAGCCAGAUUUAAUUCUGUCAUCAGCCAGUUUACUUCAAUAGUUUAUGGUUCUCUCUAGUGUUUUAUUGAAUUGCGAGUAACUGUAUUGAAAGGUUUUCUGAAAGUAAAUCAGAUGGAUGAACAGCAGUGUGAUGGUACAGUAUUGCAUUUUAUUGAUGGCUGUUUUUUAUUUCAAUUGAACAUUUUGUUGAUAAAUUUUAUUUUUGGAUGGAAUAACACCCUUUGCCCCAACACACCUUUGUGCAUGUUAGUCCUGUUGAAAUGCAAUAAACAGUGAUCCAGAA